CUGUCCACGCCCUUCGAGUACAUGGUGCUGCUGACUAUUAUCGCCAACUGUAUAGUUCUGGCUCUGGAGGAACAUCUGCCCAUGCAGGACAAGACGCCGCUAGCCUUGCAGUUGGACGAGACAGAAGUGUACUUUUUAGGAAUAUUCUGUGUAGAAGCAUUUCUCAAGAUAGUAGCAUUAGGAUUUUGUUUACACAAAAAGUCUUAUUUAAGAAAUAUUUGGAACAUCAUGGAUUUUAUAGUAGUAGUUACUGGGUUUAUCACCUUGUUUGCCUCCAGUGGGUCUUCUGGUACAUUCGACCUUCGCACUUUGCGUGCGGUCAGAGUGCUUCGACCUCUCAAGCUGGUGUCUGGAAUUCCCAGCCUCCAGGUGGUGCUCAAGUCGAUCAUCCGAGCGAUGGCACCUUUAUUGCAGGUCUGCCUCCUCGUUCUCUUCGCCAUUGUCAUCUUUGCAAUCAUUGGCCUUGAGUUUUAUGUUGGUGCAUUUAAGAAUGCUUGCUACAAAGUGGGCUCUAGUGAGCGCACUGAAGAUAAUAUAGACACUGGAGAUGAAGAAGACAUACGUCCAUGUAAUGAUCAAGGGACAUAUAGUUCAUUUAUUUGCCAGCAAAAUAUUUCAACUUGUUUGCCUAACUGGAAGGGCCCCAAUGAUGGUAUAACAAGUUUUAAUAAUAUUGGCUUUGCAAUGCUGACUGUGUUUCAGUGUAUCACAAUGGAAGGCUGGACCAAUGUCUUAUAUUAUACAAAUGAUGCCUUAGGAAGCUAUUUCAACUUUUUAUACUUUAUUCCACUCAUCAUACUUGGGUCAUUCUUCAUGCUAAAUCUAGUUUUAGGUGUGCUUAGUGGAGAAUUUGCCAAAGAGAGAGAAAGAGUAGAAAACCGCAGAGCCUUCUUCAAACUUCGUAGGCAGCAGCAAAUUGAAAGAGAGCUAAAUGGCUACCUGGAAUGGAUAUGUAAAGCUGAGGAAGUGAUUCUUAGUGAAGAAAGAACAACAGAUGAGGAAAAACUAAAAAUUAUUGAAGCUCGCAGGCAGGCAGCAGCUAGGAAAAUGAAACAGCUAAAAGGGAACGACACAGAGAAUGAGAAUGAUCAAAAUGAAGAUGAAUUGUUGGCCGCAAUGGCACCAGGCAAUUCCUUUACAAAAAACUUGAAGAAAAGAAAAACAGGGAAGUGUGCCUCAUUCUGGAGAGCAGAGAAAAGGUUUAGGUACUCCAUACGUCGUCUAGUCAAGAGUCAACUUUUUUAUUGGAUAGUCAUCGUUCUAGUAUUUCUCAACACUGUAUCAGUGGCGUCAGAACAUUACAAACAGCCAGAGUGGCAUGUUCAGUUUCUAUACAUUACAGAAUAUGCUUUCCUGGGACUGUUCAUUUUUGAGAUGUCAAUAAAAAUGUAUGCUUUAGGAGUACGAAUGUAUUUUCAAUCGUCUUUCAAUAUAUUUGAUUGUGUGGUUAUAGUAGGCAGUAUAAUUGAAGUCAUAUGGUCUGAAUUUAAAAAAGGAUCUUCAUUUGGUAUUAGUGUGCUCAGGGCCCUCCGUUUGCUCAGGAUAUUUAAAGUGACUAGAUACUGGUCUUCAUUGAGAAACCUGGUGAUAUCUCUGUUGAGCAGUAUGAGAUCAAUUCUCAGUCUCUUGUUUCUACUCUUCCUCUUCAUCAUAGUGUUUGCACUUUUGGGCAUGCAACUCUUUGGAGGAGAAAUGAACUUUGAAGAAGGUCGACCCUCUGCCCACUUUGAUACAUUCCCUAUUGCUUUGCUCACAGUGUUCCAGAUAUUAACAGGAGAAGAUUGGAAUGAAGUCAUGUACAAUGGUAUCAAAGCCCAUGGUGGUAUAGAGGAAGGAGGAAUGUUCUUUUCUGCAUACUUUAUAGUCCUUGUGCUGUUUGGUAACUACACUCUGCUGAAUGUGUUCUUGGCCAUCGCAGUAGACAAUCUGGCAAAUGCCCAGGAGCUUACGGCUGCAGAAGAAGAACAGGAAGAAGAAGAAGCAGUACGACGAGAGGAAAUUGAGAAAGAAAUGGCAGAGCAAUUUGCUGCCCAAGGGAGACCACCUUUGGUCAACAUCUGCCCACCAUCUCCACAGAACAAUGAAGAGAACAAGACUGCAAAUUUUAACUACAUCAAUUUCAGUGCGGGCAACAGAGUAGAUAUCAAUCUGAGCCAGAACAACUUGAAGGACAACCGAGAUAAAAAGAUAACCGUGGAUAAUGUUGAUACUGUUACCAAGACUUCAUCCGUUACAAUGCCCUUGGCCAAUAAUACAGAAGAUGACAUGUCUGAUACAGUAAAUCGGAGGGGGAAGCCUGCUGAUCAAGGAGUCAAGUCCAACUUUAAAGCCAGGUUUUAUAAAGCUAUCAAUAUGUUCAGUGGUGAAAAAACCAGUACAACCAGCAGUGGUACAGCUGAUGUGCAGCCAAGGUCCAGCAGCCAGAAUGAAAACGCAGGAUUCCAAGGGCCUAAACCCAUGUUACCUUACAGCUCCAUGUUUAUAUUUGGCCCCACCAAUCCAGUUCGACGUUUCUGCCACUUUGUGGUAAACCUGCGAUACUUUGACCUGUUCAUCAUGAUAGUCAUAUGUGCCAGCUCUGUAGCUCUGGCAGCAGAAGAUCCUGUCAUAGAAAACUCUUACAGGAACAAGAUCCUCAACUACUUUGAUUUUGUCUUCACUGGUGUAUUUACCAUUGAGUUACUCUUGAAGAUAGUAGAUCAAGGAAUAUUCCUCCACCCUGGCUCAUAUAUACGAGAUCUCUGGAACAUCCUGGAUGCCACUGUUGUUAUUUGUGCCCUUGUAGCUUUUGUUUUCAAUGACAGUGCUGGUAAAAAUCUGAAUACAAUAAAAUCCUUGCGAGUGUUGAGAGUACUGAGACCAUUAAAAACAAUCAACAGGGUACCCAAGCUGAAGGCUGUGUUUGACUGCGUGGUGAACUCCUUGAAGAAUGUCUCCAACAUUCUUAUAGUGUACAUCCUCUUCCAGUUCAUCUUUGCUGUCAUUGCUGUUCAGCUGUUUAAGGGCAGGUUUUUCUACUGUACUGAUGAAUCAAAGUCCACACGCGAUGAGUGUCAGGGCCAGUUUUUUGAGUAUGAUGGCAACUCCAAUGAACCAACUGUAAAAGAUAGGGAGUGGCUGCGUCAAGAUUUUCACUAUGACAACAUAAUGAUGGCUAUGCUCACCUUAUUCACUGUGACGACAGGAGAGGGAUGGCCUAGUGUUUUAAAGCAUUCAAUGGACUCAACCUAUGAAGACAGGGGACCUAAGCCAGUUUACAGAAUGGAAAUGUCACUUUUCUAUGUUGUCUUCUUCAUUGUCUUCCCUUUCUUCUUUGUCAACAUCUUUGUUGCUCUUAUCAUCAUUACUUUCCAAGAGCAAGGUGAAAAUGAACUUAUUGAUCAGGAGAUGGAUAAAAAUCAGAAACAGUGCAUAGAAUUCGCAAUCAAUGCCAAACCACAUUGCCGCUUCAUCCCAAAAAACAAAAACUCCAUCAAGUACAAAAUUUGGCAGAUGGUUCAGUCUUCAAAAUUUGAAUAUUUUAUAAUGAUUCUUAUUGCACUAAACACUAUUGUCUUGAUGAUGAAGUAUGAAGGUCAGUCGGAACUAUAUAAAUGCGUUCUUAAAAGGCUAAAUGAGGGGUUCACUGCUUUUUUCAGUCUUGAGUGUAUUCUCAAGAUUAUUGGCCUUGGGCCAAGGAAUUACUUUUACGACCCAUGGAAUGUGUUUGACUUUACUACAGUUGUCGGUAGCAUUAUAGAUGUGUUCAUCACUGAAUUCAUUAAAAGCCCGUACAGUUUUGGAGUUUUCCGACUGUUUAGGGCAGCUAGAUUAGUAAAACUACUUCGUCAGGGGUAUACAAUCAGAUUACUGCUGUGGACAUUCUUCCAGUCAUUCAAGGCCUUGCCUUAUGUAUGUCUUCUUAUUCUCAUGCUGUUUUUUAUCUAUGCCAUUAUUGGAAUGCAAGUGUUUGGAAGUAUUAAGCUGGACUCCAAAACAUCCAUCAAUCGGCACAACAAUUUCCGUUCAUUUUUUUCUGCAUUAAUAUUGCUAUUCAGAUGUGCAACAGGAGAAGCAUGGCAACAGAUCAUGCAGUCCUGUCUGGCUAAUCAGCCAUGUGAUCCAGAAUCUAUAGGACCUGAAGACCCUCCGGAUCAGGCUGAGUCGGGAUGUGGCACCAAUAUUGCCUAUAUGUACUUUGUUUCAUUUAUAUUCUUGUGCUCAUUUUUGAUGCUCAACCUCUUUGUUGCUGUAAUUAUGGACAACUUUGACUAUUUGACAAGAGACUCAUCCAUUUUAGGCCCUCAUCAUUUGGAUGAAUAUGUUAGGGUCUGGUCAUUGUAUGACCCCAAAGCUUCGGGAAGAAUCCAUUACACAGAUAUGUAUGAAAUGUUAAGAAACAUGGAGCCUCCUGUAGGCUUUGGUAAAAAGUGUCCUUACAAACUGGCCUAUAGGAAACUUAUUCGAAUGAAUAUGCCAGUAGCAGAAGAUGGAACAGUCCAUUUUACAACAACAUUAUUUGCACUAAUUAGAGAGUGUCUAAUUAUCAAAAUGGGGCCAGCUGAAAUAAUGGACAGAAGGGAUGAAGAGAUGAGAGAGGGAAUUCGCAAACUUUGGCCAGUUCACGGCAAAAAAAUGAUGGACCUUCUAAUGCCACCAAGUGAUGAACUGGAUGAGGGGAAAAUGUCUGUAGGAAAAAUCUAUGCAGGUUUGCUGAUCUCUGAGAACUGGAAAGCAUACAAAGCAAGCCAGAAUGCCUCCAACAACUUUAAAAUGAACCAUCACGAAAAGCGACCAUCUUUAUUCAGACGGCUGAUGGGUGGAAUGAGAACAUCCUCGGCCAGGUCAAGCCAGUCUCUGGACUCUGAACAUUCUGAUGACAAUGAUGGUGGUGGUGGAGGGGGUGGAGGAGGAGGUGGCGGUGGAGCUGGUGGAGGUGGUGGGAUGGGCAGUGGAGGGGGUGGCACUAGCGGAGGACAAAGUAUUGACAAGGGAGAUGACUGGAACCAACCUCGUUCUUUCAGUUUUCUUAGGAGGAAUAGCAGCAAAAGAAGGAAGGGAGGUGACCCAGGGGAUAACUCUAAUACGCAGAGUAUGGAGCUUAAAGACAUCCCAAGUGUCUCAACACAAAAUGUGAAUGGCAGUGAACAUUCACUCAUAGCUCAAGCAGCCAAUGAAAUCACAGCAUCGUUGUCCAAACUGAACGAGCCCAGCACUGAUUUUUCUGGAGGACUUAGACCGGAGCAUGCUUCAGCACUGACAGGCCGGGGUGACAGAGCUGGUGCAAGAUCACCCUCCCUGCCACAAACACCACUGUCUCCGAGGUCACCCCUGGGGGCACAGAGCCCCUUCAGCUCCCCCAGGGCGUCCCCUAUACCCUCCAGACGGUCGCCCUCACCUCGUAGGUUUGAUGUUGGUUUUGCUUCUGCUGUAGCUAAUCUCUGUGAGCAAGCUCACACUAUUGCAGACCAGGAUAGACAAAAGAGAUAUGGUAUGAAAACAGAAGACAGUAUAACGUCAUCGUCUCCAACCUUCAGAGGUAGAUCUAGGCAGAGGUCAAGGCCACCAUUGCAGGCUCAGUCUCCUGUCCUGGGGUCACCUCUGCCCAGUCCAGCUCAGCCUCGUGUCAGGAUAGGAGGUGAAUCUGGCUUCUACCGGUCAACCUCUCUGGAGACCAGAUCCCGGAGCCCCUCUCCCAAUCUGACAGCCUCUCCCCCGCCUAGAAGUGGAUCGACCAGUCUUGUUCAACGCUCCAGAUCCCCGUCGCCCUCAAUGGCGGCUGCCAGCCCACCAAUGUCGAACCGGGCACACCGGCGACUACCGAUGGCACCGUCAUCGAACAGCAGCAGUGGAAGCACGACGACGACGUCGCCGGCCAAGCCAGUUUCUCUCAACCUGUCGGAGCCUCGUUACCGAGACAACAUAGCAACCAAAGAUACCCUGCCUGUCCGUGGCGCUGUCUCGCCCCCUGGUCGAGGGAAUAUAAACUUCCCCAGACUAAACGCAUCACCGACACGUGUUCCUAAACUCAACAUCCCUGUUUCAGCCACAUCCUCCAUUGCUGCUGCAUCACCCCUUCCUAAGCAUCACCGCCACGCCCCUCCACCAGGGAGGCUAGGCAGACCUGAGCCAUAUAGUCCUACAGAAAGAAACAAUUUGAAUAAAAGUUCUGACCCUUCAAGGUCUAGCACCCUCCCGGGCGCGCACAGAACUAGUAGUUACCCCCGAGAUGAUUCGAACUGGGGUUCUAAUGAAGGGGGUAGAGACUCACGGUCCUUGCCUCGGCCGUCUCCUCGACCGUCAUCCAGGUCGCCUGACCCACGAGCCGCUGAGAGUGGACGACAAGACCACAGAUUUAUGGCAGCCAGCCAACAAGAGGGGAGCCCUGCACGCGGGAGCAGAUCAAGGGGAGGAAUUCUACCAAACGGUUUCAAGCACAAGGGACGUAAGCCAGAGAAAUAUGAAAUGAGGAGCGACAGCCACACAGCGCUUCAAGAGGACUCAGAUGAAGACGAUGAUGACUGGUGUUGAUACAUGUGGAUAUUUAACCAUUCUUCCCUCCCCUCAUUAACCAUCAUGCUCUAUAAAACACCAAAUGGUUUUUUUGUGAGAUUGAGUCCUUGUCAUUUCUUGCAGCACUGGUUCUUAUAAAUAGACUUUAUUUGUAAUUUCCUUUUACUAUCAAACUGCACGGUUUUGUAAAUCAAUGAAUAGUUUAUCUGUUUGAAAAUACCAAUUUGUUGAUGUUGCUUUUGAAUUUAGUUGACUUCCUAUCCAUCAUUGCUGUCAGUCACAAAAAUGUUUAAGUAUUUCACCGAUGCAUUACACUUUGCUACUUUUACAUUUUUUUUUACUUAUACAAACUAGCCAAAGUGAGUAGUGAAUGAAUAAUCUUUUAUGUGAACUCAUGUUCAGUCUAUUGGCUGUACUGCCUAUGGGUUGUCCUGUUUGUAAGCUGUCCUGUAAAGUAUUCCAUACUGCAAGAAUACUAUUCAUGAGAUAGAUUUACAUUAGUUUGAAAUAAGAGCAUAGUCUAACUACCAUGAAUUUUACCUUUAGUACCUGUAAUCUAAUGUGUAGCCGAACUGAUUACAUUUUUUUUCCUAGUUAUAAAAUAUUGUGAUUUGGAUUUUUUUAAACUUAUUGCAGUAUGGAAAUGGAUUGUUCUGUGAUGAAGAAUAUUGAAUGGGUUUUUUUCCAACUUUUUAAUAAUUUUGGAAUAAGAAACAGAUGCUUAACAAGCUCUAUAUUUCUUUUUAAACCAUUCUAAAAAUGACUAAAUAGGACUUCAAAAAUCUUAAAUAGAUAAGUAAAUUGUUCAUUUUAUAACUAAUGAUAAUAAGAAAUAGGGGGGGGGGGAUUUUUUGUAUCAACUGAUACAUUCAAGUUUAAUAUAAAAAGAAAAGGAUGUAACAUUAAUAUUACUGAGAUAAUCAAGUAGUCUGGUUUAUUUAUAAAUAAAUAUUUAUGUCUAUUUGUAGGCCAAAGCAUUUGAAUCUAUACAUAACUGAUUUGAAUUUCAUCUUAAAAAAUUUAUUCCAACACUUGAUGUACAAUUCAUUAAUAAGAUUUUGCUAUGUUGGCUAAACUAGGCCAGCUAUUUUUUAAAAACAUGAUAAUGUUAGUUAAAUUUUGUUAUUGUUAAUUUUUAAUGCUGUACUCACCAGGUGUUUGGAUGUUAACUGAAAGCUAAGCAAAAACAAACACAUUCAGACAAAUUUUUUAAAACUUUGAGGUAAAUACAAAAAUAUGUUAUCAAGAAUUAAGGAGAAAAUAAGCAUAUUUGAUCUUAUAUAGCAGUUAUAAAGUUAAAAUCUGCAACAAAUUACAUUUUGUGUGACUAAAUUGUUAAACCCUACCCCUUUAAUGGUUCACCUGAGACUAAUCAACCAAAGCCCUCCCCUUUACACAGAUAUUUACACUGGCUUUUUUUGGUAUAGAUGUUAUAUUUAAACCACAAAAGUUGUACCAAUAGACAACAAACAAAAUACUUAUAUAUAUAGAAGCCUGAAAUGUAUUUUUAUUAAUAUGAUGUGUUAACUUGCAACAGACUUUUCAAACUUUGAAACAUUUUCAACAAUAAUAAACUUAUUACUAUGAAUGUUCAUGCAUUUUUUAUUUAUUAACUUCUCAUGCAUGUUUGAAUUGUUUUUUUUUCUAAUUUCCUUAUACAUAAUUGCACUUUUUUAAUAAUUGUACAUAAUACCCUUCCAAUUCUUGUGAUAAUUAAUAUUUCACUUACAUGUAACCAACAUGUUAAAUUUUAAUUCUCCCCCUUCUCUUUUGUUUGUUAAAUUUCUAUUCUUUUAAAAUAACAUGCUUUUGUGCUGAAUUUUGUUUUUCGUAAACUGUGUAAAAAAUGUCUUUUUUUUAAAAAGCUGUAAUUGUGUUCUGUUUUGUUGGUAAAGAAAUGCUUUUUGAAUGAAGUAAUUUAAAUACAUGAUAGAUUUCAUCAAUUGAUAUGCACAAUUGAGUAAUUUAAUAAAAACACAGUUAUUGUCAGCAAGGUCAUAUUUCCCCUUUACAAAAUUUAAAACUGUUUUUUUUAUUCCAAUUGUUAUAAGAAAUUGAUUCCCUUCUGCCGCACCUAAUUGCGUUUUAAUAUUCCUUUUCUAGCAAUCUGUUUUUGUUCAAAUAUGAUGUCUCCAAAAAAAAUUGUGUAUAUUUCUAAUAAUUAUUAUUGUAUAUGUAUGCAAAGCACUUGGAUAUAUUUCAUCUAGUUCAGGCUUGUGUUUCAGUUGUGUCAUUGUCUUGAAAGAUGUUCCACUUUGACAAUUUAAAAAUUUGUGUCGUUUUAUAAUCAAAGAGAAUAAAUUUAUGUGUUGUAUUUAAUAAAACAAUUUAAACAUUAUACCUUACUAAGCCACUGUAUUAUAUCAUUUUAUAUUUAAAGUGUAUUUUCUCAAAUUCAGUGUAGGCAUAUAACCAAUAUUACAGGUAAUUUAUAAAUGGUAGUAUUUUAAAGCUACAAAUAAUUAACACUUUAUUAUUGACUAUUAAUAUUAUAUACAUGCUUGGUAUACAUCCUGAAAUAAAAGAUAGUUUGUAAAAAGUGUUUUAAAUAUAUGGAACUGUAAUGAUAGGUAGAUAUAUGCUAGGUCUGUUGAUCACAUUAAAGCAAAACACUGAAAGGUUCAUUGCAUGAAAACUAGCAGCCUGAAAACUGAUUGCUUGAAAUAAAUAAAAGCCAGAAAGUCUAGCAAUGUAAGAUUAAGUGAGCCUGAGACAAAUGGUAGUAACUGUUCCUUAUUGCUAUUUUUAAAAAUCAAUUUUCAAAGAUAUUGCUAUCACCCCUUACCAGAUCAUGGUGGAUAUUGCAUCCUUUAAAAAUUUAAUAAGCUUAGAUAAAAUUAAUUCAGGUUGGUGUGUGCAUCCAGUGUCAUAUGUUUUGCUAUAGUAAA